AUGGCUGAUCUACCACCAGCCAACACAGCCCAAAAAAAGAGAAAAUAUGCCACCUUUGAGUCCUCUCAGGCUCAAAAACGAGAUGGCUCUCCCUCUGAGCCCUUCGAACGUCCCGUUCAGCCUGCGAACGCAUACAUCCUUAGUCUUGCUCCCGAGCUUCUAGGAGAAAUAUUCAGUAAUUUUCAGCACCCCUCGCUGUACGAAAACAAAAUCCUUGUAGAGGAUAUCGACAGGCCGCUCCCAGAAAGUCAUCUCCGGGCCCUUCAGAGUUCGCGGCGAGUUUGCUGCCUGUUUAAUAGUGUUGCAACUCCUCUAAUGCUACCUAUCCUCCGCGUACAGGUCGACAAGGAAUCUCUGGACCGGGUGCAGAAGAUUGCAGGACACCCUCUCAUGAGCGCUGGCGUGCGCGGUAUUCAGAUCCUCAUGAGCUGCCGCCUCAGGUCCUUCGCCUUGGACAAAUCAGAAUUCAUCGGCUUCCUGCAAGCUACAAUGAAUGACAUGCUUGAUCGACAGUCCAUGGGUCUGGCACUGAUGGUUGCUCGCGGCGAUAACGAGAGUCAUCAACUAGCUCUUGAUCAUCGAGCUGCCAAGGAAUCCCCAGCUUAUGACAGGACCCGUGCUUGCCUGCUUGCCUGCGGCCGCAUUCUGGGUCGGGAUGCUCCGUUGCCACCCAUCAGGAGUAUGCCCAGCCUGCGAGGUCAGGGCUUCCGAGAGGCCAUUGUCGGUCUGGUGGCGCCCUCCCUGAUUGAUGACUAUCAACAAAUGCUCGAUCAUGUCCAUGAAGAGUAUCGGAAACAGUAUGAGCGAGACCUGCCAGUAAUAUCACAAGGCUUGCUUGUCCAGGCUCUGGCUAAGGUGGUCUCUACGCCACAUCGCACAAUCUCUUUGAGUUUUAAUGAAACACUUUCAGAUGUAAUGGAGGAGGAAACGGAAGAGAUAUUUGCGGGCAGGGAAAUCACCGCGCUUUGGCUCAACAACCCAAUAAAGCCAUCAGACUGCCACAAAUACCAACAAUACAUUCAGCGUGAAGACAUGGCACCAUACACUGCAUUGUUUUGGGAUCUUCCCAUCGCUAUCCGCCAGACAGGCAGCUCCGUGAACAGCCUUGAACUUCACGGACCGGUGAUAGACUACCAACACUCUAUUCUUUGCCCUGGCGGCGGAUCUGUCACAUCACAUGCCCUCGUAUUGAACCAGUUGCACAUGGCAUUGCAGAACCUGCACACGUUCAUUCUUCCAGAGCUAUAUGUCUUACAGCCGACACGGCGAACCCCAUUUGCCAUGGGACAUAUAGAUGAGAGAGCCCCUGGAGGGAUAACUAUCGCGCAGUAUCUCAGCGCAGUACUUUCAAGUAGAAACCUCCAGAAGCUCGAACUAAACCCAUCUCCCUCCGAGGCGGAUGUUAUCUUCCGGCAACCACGUCCGAGUGAGGUUGGCCACACUCUGAGUCAAAUACGCUGCGAGUACCUCCGCGUAGUCGCCCUUCACAACAUCAAGAUCACUCAACAGGAACUCGAAGCCUUUUGCAUUGCAUUGAGCCCGGAUAUCGAAUUUCUAGAGCUUGCGGGUAUUUCCCUCACCCAAGGUAGCUGGGCACCUAUUCUCGAUCUAUUGAGGGAUCUACUUAGAGAGAGAUGUGUACGGGGAGUUUGUGAAGUGGAAUUGGAACACCUGAAUGGUGAUGAAAUGGAACAGGUGCUGACGAACGUCACGGGUGACCCGAAUGCGUUUUUGAGGGACCUCUUGGACCAGUUCAUGGGCUAUAUCAGGGGUGAUGGCGUUCAUAGCAACCCAUUGGUUGAAUUGGGACCUUUUUAG